AUGGUGACUGUGAUGUUGGCGAUUGUGAUGAUGACCCUGAAGCAGGACGAGAAGACCGCCAGGAUGAUGAUGAUGAUGAUGAUGAUGAUGCCGACGUUUCGAAGCGUCGUGAAGACGGUUACGGUGCUGGGGUGGAUGGUGGCAUUUGCUGCUUCACGGAGGUGUGGGGUCGUCAAGGCCAAGAUCGGCAAGCAGAGCCGUCGCCUCAUUGAGUGUCUCAGGCAGAUCUCUGAUUUCAUGUGCUGGUGCGGCGGCAGCCGAGAAAGCGCUUUGAAGCCCAGGCAUCGAGACCCGCCGAAACGCACACGUGAUGGGCAGCCCGGGACUUGGGGAGUGCCAAAAGAAGAGACAAGCACGCGCGCAACUCUCUUUGGCAGGCUGAGCCGCUUGAAAGACGAGGACAUCACCCAUCUGGAGCCUCCCUGGGAGAAUGUGCGCCUAUCCGGACCUGGGUAA